ACACUGCGCAGCUGCAUGACAUUUGGCGACCACAGAUAAAGUUUGACCAUCUAUUAAAAACGUAAACUCCAAACAAAUACUCGCCGCGUUUUUAUACGAUAUCGGACCAGCGCAAUGUUUUCGUUGCAAGACAAAACGAUGCAGUUCUGCGUCACAAAGCAGCAGCAACAGGAAAUGCAACAGCAGCAGGCUCAGCAGCAGCUGCAGCAGGCGCAGCAGCUGCAACAGAUCCAGCAGCAGCAACCCCCGCAGCCCUUAGACAACAUUUCGAAAAUCAAAUCGCUGAUCGGCCCCCUACGGGAUACUCUGGCCAGCACAAUCAAAACGGCGGCGCAGACGUUGAGCCAAAACAGCCAAGUGGACUCGGGUUCACAGAAGGCGAUGGACAUGCAACUCCCGCGGUUCGACAAGAACUUAGAGGAGUUUUACUCGAUAUGCGACCAGAUAGAGCUUCAUCUGAAAACGUCUUUAAAGUGCCUCACGCAGGCCGAAAGCAGCAACCGCUACUUGAACUUGCCUGUGGUGUCGACCCGAAACGAGAACUUGGGCAUAAACGACAACAGCCUUACGUACCCCCAAUUUUUGGCGACGGUCGGGGCGCAGGUUUCCUACACCAAAGAAAUCCACGACACGCUGGUCGCCGCCGCCCAGAACAUUUCUCCGUCGGAUUGACAUUAUCAUUAUUAGUUAAUAAUAAAGGUUCCGUU